CAAAGGCCCAAACUUUGAAUCAUCACUAUCACUCUCUCUCUCUCAAGAAACUGCACGGACAACGACAUGCUUUUAAUUUUCCAUGCAAAUCACUCCUUUCUUCUCAAGUAACCAUUUUUGAAAUUGAAGCUCUCUCUUAUCAUCAUCAUCAUCAUCAAUGGUGGCUGGUGGUAAGGUUCGUGUAACAAUGGGUUUUCACAAAUCACCUUCGACCAAGAAAACUAAAGACAUCACUUCUCCUCUUCCUUUACCUCUUCCUCCUCCACCUCCUCCUCCCUCUCUUAAACCGCCUUCUUCCGGUUCUGCUACUAAACCGUCUACUAAUCCUGGUAAACCGGGUUUCACUCGCUCUUUCGGCGUUUACUUCCCACGCGCUUCCGCUCAAGUCCACGCCGCUGCAGCUGCUUCUUCACAUAACGGCGUCGUCUCUGAGCUCCGUCGUCAGGUCGAGGAGCUUCGUGAGAGAGAAGCUCUGUUGAAAACAGAGGUCCUCGAGCUUAAGCUUCUCCGAGAAUCCGUUUCCGUUAUUCCGCUGCUCGAAUCGCAGAUCGCCGAGAAGAACGGCGAAGUCGAGGAGUUGAGGAAAGAGACGGCGAGGUUAGCGGAGGAGAACGAGGCAUUACGGCGAGAGUUUGACCGGAGCGAGGAAAUGAGGAGAGAGAGUGAGAGGAGAGAGAAGGAAAUGGAGGCGGAGAUGGUUGAGCUUCGGAAACUUGUUGCGUCGGAGAGUGACGACCACGGUCUCUCGAAUUCGCAGAGGUUUCAGGGUUUAAUGGAUGUGUCGGCGAAGUCUAAUCUAAUCAGAAGUUUAAAACGGGUCGGGUCGUUGAAGAACAUACCCGACCCGAUUCAGCACCAAGAGAACCACAAAAGCGUUUCUUCAUGCGGUGACGCCGACGGCGACAUUUACAGGAAAGACGAAAUCGAGAAUUAUUCUCGGAGUUGUAACUCGGACGAACUCACUGAGUCGUCGUCACUCUCAACCGUCAGAUCUAGGAUUCCGAGAGUCCCUAAACCACCGCCGAAACGCUCAUUUUCAUUAGGUGAUUGCACGGAGAACAGAGUAGAUCCGCCGCCGCAGAAAUCGAUUCCGCCUCCUCCUCCGCCUCCGCCACCGCUUCUUCAACAACCUCCACCACCACCACCACCACCUCCGUCUGUUUCUAAAGCUCUCCCUCCGCCUCCUCCACCGCCGCCGCCGAAGAGUUUAGGCAUUGCGUCGGCAAAAGUGAGAAGAGUUCCGGAAGUCGUGGAGUUUUACCACUCGUUGAUGCGAAGAGACUCGACAAACUCGAGAAGAGAUUCAACCGGCGGUGGUAACCCCGCCGCAGAGGCAAUACUCGCAAGUUCCAAUGCCAGAGACAUGAUCGGAGAAAUAGAAAACCGAUCGGUUUAUCUCCUCGCGAUAAAAACCGAUGUGGAGACGCAAGGAGAUUUCAUAAGGUUCUUGAUCAAAGAAGUCGAAAACGCUGCGUUUUCAGAUAUUCAAGACGUUGUCCCCUUCGUCAAAUGGCUCGACGACGAACUCUCUUACUUGGUUGAUGAGAGAGCAGUGUUGAAACACUUCGAAUGGCCGGAGCAAAAAGCAGAUGCGUUACGUGAAGCAGCGUUUUGUUAUUUCGAUCUGAAGAAGCUCAUAUCAGAAGCUUCUCGUUUCCGAGAAGAUCCUCGUCAAUCAUCAGGCUCUGCUCUUAAAAAAAUGCAAGCUUUGUUUGAAAAGUUAGAGCAUGGUGUUUAUAGUUUGUCGAGGAUGAAAGAAUCGGCGGCGACAAAGUUCAAAAGUUUCCAGAUUCCGGUUGACUGGAUGCUUGAAACCGGCAUUACUAGCCAGAUUAAACUGGCAUCCGUGAAACUAGCGAUGAAGUAUAUGAAGAGAGUAUCAGCAGAGCUCGAAGCCACUGGAGGUGGUGGUCCUGAAGAGGAAGAGCUUAUUGUUCAAGGUGUUAGAUUCGCAUUCCGUGUUCAUCAGUUUGCUGGAGGAUUUGAUGCAGAGACAAUGAGGGCGUUUCAAGAGCUAAGGGAUAAAGCGAGAUCAUGUCAUGUUCAGUGUCAAAGCCAAACACAUCAACAUAAACUUUGUUUUCGAUCUACCCCUUGUUGAAGAAGCAACCUUAGCUUCGUAUACCUUUUACCUCACUUGUCUGUUGUCAUAUCCUCUAUUUAAUUUGUUUUUUUUCUUUUCUUUAAAAACAUAACUCUUGUGAAUAUAUGUUCUUUUCUUGCUGAGAAAGAGGAUAAAACAGAUCAUAUUCAAUCGAAAA